AUGUGCGUCGUCCCUCCCGCUCUCGGACCCCUCCCUAUCUCUCGCCUGACGUCCCCUCGGUUCCGCAGGAAGAAGCUCUCGCCGAGCGCAAGGAGAAGGAGGAGUUCCUCCUCGAAUACGGCGAGAAGUGGAAGAAGCAGUGCGAGCGCAGUGCGUCCCCUCGUCUCAGCUUCACUCCUCGUCAGCGUUCUCAUGCGUAUCCAUCUUGCAGUGACCUGGAGUCAGCAGGGGUGGGACACGCCGACGCCCGAAAUCGGCAGGCUCUGGCUCCGCCGGCACCGCAUCCUCGACGACCCGUGGACGGGCACGUACCACUGGCGGGACUACGGCAUGGGCAGACGGGUUCCGGCGACGCCUGCCGCCAAGGCCGAGGUCGCCGCCAUCAACGAGAAGCUCGAGCCUCUCCUCAAGGCCUGGCAGGAGGAGAAGGACAAGACCAAGUACCAGAUGCGCAAGAUCGAGGACUUCUGGCACUACAUGCAGGAUGCGAUCGACUAUGAUUUCACGAUCUACAAGACGAUGGAGAAGCAGUACGCCGAGGCCCUCGUCGAGCCCAUCGACUGCUCGCCGCCGCCACCGCCGCCGGGCCCGGGCCACCGCCGUCGCUUCAUCGAGUAUGUCAAAAGGGCUCUCCCUCGUCGCUCGACCGCCGAGGAGCCGGCGACCAACGCGCACUCGCUCGGCGUCGGCGAGGGCUUUUACAGGAUGCGCCGGCGGUAUUUUAACGAGCGGUACUAG